AUGUUGAAGUUGUUGUUGUCGGGCAUCGUGUUGAUCAGUUGUCUGGCUUUGACAACUUGUCUGCCGCCAGCUGAGCAGGAUGAGCCUUCCAACCUGCCUCCAGCGGUCCAGUAUGAAGGUCCACCUCCCUCUGCAACACUCAAUGAAAAGGCUGUAAAAUUCCUGAAACGUUUUGGUUAUUUGAGAGAAAGCAACGACAAUAAUCUUGUGAGUGCUGAAGAGGCCAUCAGAUCAAUGCAAGCACAUGCAGGCUUGCUACAGACAGGCACACUUGAUGAGGCGACUAUGGCAAAGAUGGAAUCACAGAGAUGUUCCUUCCCCGACGUGAUGACAGCCGAAGAUAAAAAGAAAAGAUACUCUGUUGUUUCCAGGUGGAGAAACGAAACUUUAACUUACGGAAUUUUCAACUACCCCAAUUGUACAAUCUACACAAAUGAUCAAAUUGAUGCAAUCAUCGCGGAAGCUGUUAAUGAAUGGGUUAAGAUUGACCCGUCGUUGAACAUUACUAAAUUCGUUUCCGGGACUCCCAAAAUAAACAUCAGUUUUGUCUUUUUCGAUCAUUCUGAUAAAUACCCAUUUGAUGGGCCUGGUAAGGUUCUAGGACAUUGCUUUUACCCUGGCACAGGCCAAAUGCAUUUUGACAACUCGGAAUGUUGGGGUGAUGGCACGAAUGGAACUAAGAAUCUAAAAUACGUAGCAAUACAUGAGCUUGGUCAUUGUCUUGGCUUGGGUCACUCAAACGAUUCGUUGGCAAUUAUGAAUGCUUAUUACCCCUCAAAUAAUACUCAAUGUAAGCCUGCCGCUGAUGAUACUGCUGGAAUUCAAUCAAUGCAUACGACGGCGUCUCCUUAA